CUUAGAGUAUCUGGAAUUAUAAGCAAUUCUCCUUACAUACUAAUAUUGGAUUGUGAUAUGCACUCAAAUGAUCCAUCUUCAGCUCGACAAGCAAUGUGUUUCCACCUUGAUCCCAAAAUCUCUCCUUCACUUGCAUUUGUUCAAUUUCCUCAAAGAUUUCACAAUGUCAGCAAGAAUGAUAUUUAUGAUUCUGCCUUGAGAGCAAUUUUUGUGGUCAAGUGGCCAGGGAUGGAUGGGCUUAUAGGACCUAUGUUGUCUGGUACAUGCUUCUAUAUGAAGAGGAAGGCUCUAUAUGGGACUGGUAUACACAAAGACAUGGAUAUUAGUGGGCUGAAGAAGUGUUUUGGUUCCUCAAAUGAGUUCCUAAAUAAUCUUACAAGCACUAAUCACAAGCAAAAUGGCAGUGGCAUCAAAGAAUUUGCUGACAAUAAAAUUCAAGAAGCAAAAGUUUUAGCCUCUUGCACCUAUGAGCAGGAUUCACAAUGGGGAAACCAGAUAGGAUUCUUGUACCAUUCAGUGGUGGAAGACUACUUCACAGGUUUUAUUUUGCAUUGCAAAGGCUGGAAGUCUGUCUUUUAUAACCCUACAAGGCCAGCAUUUUUAGGCAGUGCAACAACAAAUUUGAAUGACACAUUAAUUCAAGGCACAAGAUGGAAUUCUGGACUAAUUGAAGUUUUAUUCUCAAGAUUUUGCCCCCUAAUUUAUGGCUUGAUCUCAAGAAUGCCUCUUCUUGAAUGCAUGUGUUAUGCUUACCUUGCAUCUCAGCCUCUCUAUUGCUUCCCAGCUUGGUUUUUAGCUAUCAUUCCUCAGCUUUGUCUCCUAAAUGGCAUUCCCAUUUACCCUAAGGUCUCAAGUCCAUGGUUUAUGGUAUAUUCUUUUCUUUUCUUGUCAACACUUGGAAAAUACUUAUGGGAAGUUGUCCAAACUGGAGGAACAAUGAGAACAUGGUGGAAUGAAUGGAGGGUAUGGAUGAUAAAGUCAAUAACAGCUUAUUUCUAUGGAAGUUUAGAUGCAAUCUUGAAACUAUUUGGCUUUAGAAAAGCAAGUUUCUUACCAACAAAUAAAGUUGUUGAUAAUGACCAAUUGAAGAGAUAUCAAAAGGGAAUUUAUGAUUUUCAAGCAUCUAAAAUGUUAAUUGUCCCUUUGGUUACAUUAGUCACAUUGAAUAUGGUCUCAUUUGUUUUGGGAAGUGCAAAAGUGAUAUUUGAAGGCAGAUUGAGUGAUUUGUUUGGCCAAGUUUUCCUAUCAUUUUUCAUUUUGGUAGUGAAUUAUCCUAUAAUUGAAGGGAUGAUAUUUAGGAAAGACAAAGGAAGUAUUCCAUGUUCAGUGACUUUAUUGUCUAUUUUGUUUUGUAUUUUACUCUUGUUUAUUGGAUCUAUUUUUGUAAUGUAACUUAAUAGGAUGAAGCUGAUGUAUCAUGAUAUAUUUAGCUUAAAAUAGGGACUAAGAUUAUUUUGAUCUCCA